AUGAGGUGAAGAAACGCUUAGAAGAGGGGACCAAAAUUGGCGGCAUAAUCAUUGAAGAAGGAGCAAAAGCACCUGUGGGUACCAACGAUAAGCUGUGGAAGAUGGAGAUAGGUGUUAUCGUCCGUGUGCUAGCUCCAAUUGGAAAAUUCUUCUGGAAGGAUCUCACUGAAGAAGAUAAGCUGCCACUCUUUGCCAAACUAGAGAGUGAGUUUGAUGUAGACUUCACUGCACCACAUGUAAGAGAUAUGGUGGAUACUAUCAUGGCUCGUUGAUUCCGACAGUUCAAGUAUCGCUGCCAUCAACACUACAAGAAUGAGAUGGACAAGGUGAAUGCUCGGGAGAAUCCAAUAGAGGAAGUGAACAUUGAUGACUGGAAGCUACUCUGCGACCAUUUUGAUAGUGUGCAAUUCAAGAAGCGAAGUGACGUAAAUGUAGACAAUAGAAGCCAAGUAUUGUAUCCGCAUACAACAGGUGCUAAGUCACUUAGUCAAAGGAUUUUUGAACUGAAUGAGAAGGACAAGAUGGCAAAUAGUGAGAAAACUAAUGAUGGAGUGGAUCCGAGUAACGGUGAGCAGCAGAAUGACUCAGCAGAGCAGCAGAACCCUACUGUGCCGCCUCCAGAGGUGGUUGUGUAUGCUGACACUCAUAAGAGGCGUGAUGGAAGCUGGGUUCAUCCAGAUACCGAGAAAAAUUAUGCCAAUAUGACUGCCUUGAGCAGUCAGUCAGGUAAUAAUGUUCCAGGUUCUGAGAUUGUUGACAAGGUGCUGAAGAAAAAGCCAAGGGUAUCUAGAAAGGAAGCACGACGAUCGGCUGAUUCAGCUAGAGAGAGAAUUGCAAGCCGAAAGGCUAGAAAGGCAGGCAGAAAGGGAGACUUUUGAAAGGCGGACCAAGCAAUUUGAGGAGCAAAUUGAAAUUCAGCAGUCGAAACUACAAACUCAAGACACAAAGUUUGAGGAGAUGGAAGCAUCGCAGCACCGUCUUGAAGCUACUGUUCGUGACUUGGCUGCUAGAAUGACUGGAAAUACCAACUGAAGGAGGUGAGAUGAUGCAUGUGAGGAGGGCAUGUGAGGAGGGCUGGACAGAGGUUGCUGAUUUUGGGUAUCAAGUAGUUGGCUUGAGUUGCUGCAUGAUUUUGGGGUACUAAACUAUUAGGAACAUUAAUAUUUAUCAGGUGUAAGUGUCGGA